UGUGAAUGACUGAGAAUAACGGCAUUUUGUCAUUUAAUUAGUUUUAAAAAUAUUUCGUUGCUAUAUAAAGAUACUGAAAAUAAAAAAUUUAGUUGAAAUUUUUGUCUAUUUGUUAACACACCUCAAAUAAAUUUUAAUUCUUUUUACAGCGCUGUGGUACAGGUUCUAUCAAUUAAACAAACAAAGAAACGUUCACAAUGGCAAGCAGACCUGUUGGGUAUGGAUUGACGGCCGAAAUCAAAGGAAAGAUGGAUGCCAAGUAUGAAAAUGAUAAAGAACAAGAAGUUCGGUUGUGGAUCGAGUCAGUUAUCAAGGAGCCUCUUGACAAAACAGUUGGUUCUCACGAAAAUCUUGGACCAAAAAGAUUCCAAGCUGCAUUGAAGGACGGCAUUAAACUAUGCAAGCUGGCUAAUGUCAUUAUGUCUCCAAGCAAAGUGAAGUACAACGAAUCACAAUUGCCAUUCAAACAGAUGGAGAAUAUAAAUUUGUUCUUGAAAGCCUGCGAGACUUAUGGCGUCGCUAAAACAGACCUUUUUCAAACCGUUAAUCUGUACGAAAAUCAAAAUUUAUGGCAGGUCAUCUUGACAAUAUAUGCCCUUGGAAGAAAAGCACAGUUAAAAGGUUACGCUGGACCGACGUUGGGACCGAAAGAAGCUCAGAAAAAUGUGCGUGACUUCACGGAGGAGCAGUUGAACGCCGGCCAAACAGUCAUUGGCUUGCAGAUGGGUACAAACAAGUUGGCCUCUCAAAAGGGGAUGUCGUUUGGAGCAACGAGACACAUAGCAGACAUCCAGGUAGAUGAAGCAAGCAAGGAAGGCCAGGCGGUCAUUGGCUUGCAGAUGGGAAGCAACCAAGGUGCCAAUCAAUCGGGACUUAAUUUUGGCAAAUCGCGAGGAAUUUUGGGGGCAGAUAAAUGAUAUUUGUACAAUUUAAUGCUUGUCAACUCCAAGUUAACGCUUGAUAAUAAUUUUGUAGCCAUUGGAAUGUUCAGUCAAAACCUCUUUGUUCUAUUUUAUAUUUAUGCGUUUAUUUGUAUAUUUAUUAUUAUUUAAUAUUUAUUUAAUGUGUCUUCAAUUAACUUUUCAUGAAAGAACAUGUUGUGUCAAUU